GAUGUUUGACGACGUACGUUACACGAUUUUUGGCGAUGUUGCUGAUACUACAGUCUUUGAGUGGUUGCAUUGAUAUGCGCGCAACAUUGAAUGCCUUCCAGCCCCGUAAAAAUAACUAUAUAAAACUGUGAUUGUCGUGGCCUAAUACAUGAAGCUUCGUACAAUUAGACACAUCUGCUUGUAUGUGUGUUUGAAGCAGUAAUACUCCGACAGUCAUGAACUACGACAAUCUUCAUUCGCCGUACGAAGACGACCUGCCUGGAAAAUGUCCUCGCAAGCGUCCGAGAAGCGAACACGGUGCCGAAACGGAAUCAGAAAGGCUUCUUCAAGAGAUGCUAACAAAACAGCUUGACACCAGGUUUUCCGUUAAACAUCUUUCAGAGCAGCAGAAACACUUCACAGCUGCCGGAAACUAUGCGGAACUCCCUGUAGCCGGCGCUUGCUCCUUGGACGAGUACAAAGCGGUCGAUUCACGUGAACAAGAGAUACAAGUAUUGCUGCAAUACGGUCUCACGAACGAGGAAAUCGAACUAUAUCUCCAGUCAAAAGACUCUGCGAUGGUGAAGCAAAAGCACCCUUUGAUGGAUCCAACCAUGCUGGAUUCGAGGCUGAAGCAAAUAGAAUUGAAGGUGAAAAACGGCAAAAAGUGCAUUGAAGAUGCCUGCAUAGACCGAUUGAGGAGUGAAGAGCACUUCGGCUACUCGGCGAUUAAUGGCGGCGGAACAUUGCCUUCAAAGAACAUCACCUGCACGGAGAGUUGUUCCUCACAAACAGGGCUUCCUAAAGACCCCAUGAGCCACAUCGCAGAGUUUUCGCAGAGAUUGAUGGAAAGAGUGAUGAGCAGGAGAAAAAAGAAGAGACAAACUAAACCAGCGCAAUGCCCGUCGCAUGCAAUUGAAGAUGAAAAGCAAGCCUCGGAUAAGAGCAGCGAAUGCACUGAAGAGAUGCCUCAUCCAGACCCCACCAUCUAUCAUGCUGUCGUGCCCCUUCCUGAACACGAAAUAGCAGCAGAAAGACUCGGGCUCGACGAUAUUAAGAAGCUGCCACGUUUCCAGAAUUACAGCCCAGGGUGUGAAAGUCAAGUGCUGUACCUGAAAAACCUGCACCACAAAACGGACAUUCGAGAACUGAUGGCACUCUUUUGCCGCUUCGACGCGGAGACUUGCCCGGUAAAGUACAGGCUUCUGUCUGGCAAGUUGAGGGGACAAGCAUUUAUCACUUUACCAGAUGUACAAGCUGCCAAAAUGGCACUGGAGCUAUGCAAUGGAUAUGUUCUAAGAGGAAAGCCAAUCGUCAUAGAGUAUGGUAAAAAUAAAACAUAAAAAACUGCUUAAACCCACC